AUGCAAUCCCUCAAAUUGACCCUUCUCGCAACAGUCGUCGUUGUUCUUGCUACUUCGUUCUGUCUCGUUCAUGCUCAAACAAGUUCAGCCUAUAAUGGAGCUUAUGGUUAUCAAGGUGGUGCCGGACAGAAUUAUGGAGUUCAAGGAGGAAAUUAUAAUUCCUAUGCUCAGAAUACUCAAGCAUAUAGUAACCAAGUGAGUGCAGUGAAUUAUCAACCUUAUGCUUCGUAUGGUGCUAAUUAUGUUGGACCUUCUGCUUAUGGUUCUAAUUAUGGAGCAAAUUAUUACAUGCCAUUGUAUGGUGGAUAUGGAGCAAUGCCUUUCUAUGGAGGUUAUGGAGCCAUGCCUUUCUAUGGUGGAUAUGGUGGUUAUCGGUGGUAUUAA